AACUAGGCAGAAUUCACUGAUGAUCCAUCACUGGGAUAUGUGGAUGCUGGGAUAACAUUUGUCAUACACUCUCCAAAGAUUCGUCCCAGAUUUGAUGGCUUGGGUCUACAAUGUCCUGCAGGGAUGCAUGCGCAUACUUUAAUAAGAUAUUUUAAGACAAUUACUCAGGAAUAUCCCUGGGGUGAAUGUAAUCCUGAUUUGGUACUGGCAUAUGAUGAAGUCUACAGCACUUACGGAUGCCUUCAAGAAUGCAAGUCUGCUCACAUACAAGAUAAAUGUGGAUGUCUGCCUUUUCUGCUGCCAGGUAUUGGGGAAGAGUGUGAUCUUCAUCGGUUUUAUAAUUGCGUAUAUCCAACACUUUAUGAAAUAGAGAAAGAGGAACUAUGUAGUGUAGGAAUGUACAAUUCUACGUGUCCAGUUCCUUGUGAAGAAACAGACUAUCCUGCUACGCUCUCCUAUUCAACAUUUCCAAGUGACAAAGCUGCCAAUUAUCUCUCCACCAAACUUAACAGAAGUGCUUCAUACAUGAGAAAUAAUUUGGUGUACAUUGACAUUAAAUACCAGGAGUUAAAUUACAAAAUUACCAAGCAACAGAAAGCUGUGACAUCUAGUGAACUACUUUCUGACGUGGGUGGACAGAUGGGUCUGUUCUGUGGAGCAAGUGUGAUAACAAUCAUAGAGGUUCUGGAGUUUCUCUUUACUAACUUCUUCUGGUUUUGCGCCUUCCUGAUUCUGAAAGUACCCAAUAUCUCAAAAUGCACUGACAAUCAAUCAAGAUAUAAACAAGAGGGGCAACAAUGUUGAUGACCAGUAUAUUAUGUGUCUCUACAUCCCAGGUGUUAUUUUCCAUGUACCUGUACAUACCUGUGUAUAUGCUGGUCGGAGCUAACCAUUCUACUUUCCAGAUAUGUAGGCAUGUACAGUGACUGUGCAAGAUCUUUCAGUACAUUCAUAGGACAUUGACAGGCAAAUUUUUCUAUGAUGUGCUUUCCUGUGUAUUUUACAGGUAUGUAUAGUAGCUAGUGAUCUGUUUGAUUACAGUAUGUGUAAAAUAAAAAACAUAUAAUUGUCUCUUUUUACAUACAUUCUAGCAGGUGGUAGUGGUACUGCAAUAGGCAAACAUAUUUACUAGAA